CCAUAUAGGAGUUCAAACUACUAGUAUGCCCAUCCAGCUGAAUGAAGGUUUACACUUGUUUUGUAACGCUCAGGGAACUUAUGAUCAUAUAUGCCAUCAGUGUAGACAAUGCAGGAAUACAUCAAUGCUGUGAAAUUAUCAUUAACCACGGUUAUUUUGAAACGUUUAGCUUUUCAAUGUAGCACAAACUUACAUUUUUCAAUAUGGUAGCGAGGUUGUUGUUGUGCUGCCCGGUUGUUGUCAUGUCCCCCAAGUGCCUGUAGUGGUGCUGUAAGGAGAGUCUGCUGAUGAUUAAACUAAAAACCCAGCAGCUCUUUAGUGCUAUUUUUUGCUGGAGAUAAACGAGAUUUAUAUGUAUCAGGGAUUCAUACAGAAAUAUAUACAAAUAUAAAAACGCAUAGCUCCUUUAAAGAUACCGAAAACAGUCCGUAAAUAACCCAACAGAUUGAAAUAGGGAUUUCCAUACUGUAUCAGAGUGAAUAUCAGAUACAGCAAAUAGCUGCUGAAGCUGAUGUUCACAAGGACAAGAGUCACGUGAUGUAUGAAGGCAAACACAUACACUUCUCGGAGGUGGACAAUAAGCCAUUGUGCUCGUACAGCCCGAAGCUCUGCAAGCAGCGCCGGCUCAACGGCUAUGCCUUCUGUAUCCGCCACGUCCUCGAGGACAAGACCGCCCCCUUCAAGCAAUGUGAAUAUGUGGCCAAGUACAACAGCCAGCGCUGCACCAACCCCAUCCCCAAGUCAGAAGAUCGCAGGUACUGUAAUAGCCACCUGCAGGUGCUUGGGUUCAUCCCGAAGAAGGAGCGCAAAAAGAAGAAUGACCCGAUGGAGGAGAUCCGGUCGCGGCCUCACCUGGAAUCAGUGGCGCUCAACAUCACGGUGCCCUCGCUGGCCCUGAAGACACCCAACGGGCUGGACGGGCCGGUACUGUCUUCCCCCAGGUCACGGCUGGCAGUGCCCUUCCCUGAGGCGGAGCUCCUUGACCCCUUCGCCUUCCACGAGGAUGACACCGAUGGCGACGAGGCUGCCCCCAGGAAAGGUUCGGCUGUCAAGAAGAAAUUGCAGAGCAAGCUGGCGCUGAACCAGCGGCUGCGGCUCCGAGAGACCACCGCAGAGAUCUUGAAAAUCCAACCAGAGCACUUUAGCCCUUCUCCUGCACCUUGUCCUCUUCGGCUUCAGCAACAGCACCACCACCAUCAACAACAACACCACCACUCUCCUCCGCAUCCCCACCACCAUCAUCAACAGCAGCCUCCCCAACCCCAGCACUCCUUCCAUCUUUCACCUUUACCAAACCCCCCUUCCUGCCUCCCAGGACUGCCACUGGGCUUAAUAUGCAAGCCGCCUCCACCUCAGACCAGCAGUCUGUCGGCACAGGGAUUGACCCCAGGCACCUUGCCGACGAUAGCACAACAUGCUGGUCACUCUCCCAGCAAGAAACCUCUCGCUGAGGUGUUCCUCCCACCCACCUUACUGCCUCCAGCGCCGACCGCUGUUAUGGACUCGCCCAAACCCAAGGCUGUCAUUCUCAAACCCACCAACUUUACUCCACCUCCCGCCUGCCUCAGCAGGCUUCAGAGACUGGUUAAACUGUGCACCCAACACCAGCAGCAGGAUGGAGAUCUCUUUCCACAUUUAGGACUGGAUUGGUCAGAAGACAGUGCAGAAGAUGACGAUGAAGUGGAGCAUUUACCACCAUAUCAGUAUGCCUGGCGGUUACGGGAAAGAUAUUCACAGGACAACUCAGAAGAUGAAGUUGGGGCUUCAAGAAGUAACAGGCUGGCUCGACUUUGCAGUUACCUGCAGCAGAAGUACAAGCACCUCUGCCGCCUGGAGAGGGCAGCAACGCGACAGAAGAGAUGCCAAUAUGCCUUUCGGAAAGCCCUGCUCCAUGCGGCCAGUAAAGACCCAGACUGUGCAGGACAGCUAAUUCAGGAACUCCGAAUGGCCACUCGGACACAGACCAGUGUGAGAAAACCAGAGAGAAGGGACACAAACCCAGGGCUCUGUAGGUUCAAGGGCCAAGCGUGCACCAACCAGGCACUCCCCUUCACCAGGCACUGUUUUCAGCACAUUUUGGUGAAUCGAUCACAGCAGCUCUUCUCCAGCUGCACAGCCAAGUUUGCGGAUGGUCAGCAGUGUUCCAUUCCCGUUUUUGACAUCACGCAUCAGACGCCGCUAUGUGAGGAACAUGCAAAGAAAAUGGAUAAUUUCCUGCGGGGUGAUAAUAAUCGCAAAGUUCAACACCAGCAACAGCGCAAACCCAGGAAGAAAACGAAACCGCCGGCCCUUACCAAAAAACACAAGAAGAAGCGGAGGAGAGGACCGCGCCGGCCUCAGAAACCCAUUCCACCUGCUGUGCCCCAGGGGAACCUCGGCAUGCCCUCCAGCCUCGCGCUGCCGGCACAGGCAGCCAGCAUCAGGAGUCCCUCGACCCCAGAGUUGAGUACAGACGAGCUUCCUGAUGACAUCACCAAUGACAUCUCGGACAUUCCAAACGACCUUGAGCUGAAUCAGGAGGAUUUUUCUGAUGUCUUGCCAAGGCUGCCCGAUGACCUACAAGACUUUGAUCUGUUUGAAGGUAAGAAUGGUGAGCUCCUUCCCACCACGGAGGAGGCAGAGGAGCUGGAGCGUGCGCUGCAGGCCAUGACAUCCUACACAGCCUCUCUGGAAUGCCUGAGCUCGAUGGGUGAACUCACCCAAUCCGACACUGUGGGCGUCCAGGAGCUCCCAGUCCACCGGGGAAUGGGGGUCUUCUCCACACCAGCCGUCUCUGCCAGUGGCAUGGCCACCCUCGGCCGAGCGGUGGUCAACAGUGAGCUAGGAGAUCUCCUGAACGGCCGCAUCCCCACUGAGAACUUCUCCAGCUUGGAGCUGGAUGAGAACUUGCUCCACUCGGCCAACGGCCAGUUCCCUGCACCCCCUCCUCCAGCUCCCUCUUCCUCCACCGUCAGCCUUACCACCACCACCUCCUCCAACCCGCUUCUCAACCAUAGCCCAUUGGCUGAGCGGACAUUUCCCCCUCCACCCUUCCCUGGGCUCCGCGUGGGCAGUCACGCCUCGCCACGAACCCACCCCUCCCAACUGCUUGGCAAGGCAGAGGAGCUCCUUUCCCCCCGACAGCAAUACAGCAGUGAGCACUCACACUCCUCGCCCCAUGGUAGCCAUUACAGUAGUGAACAUGUGCCAUCCCCUUACAGUGAUCACAUAACCUCCCCCCACCCCACCUCCUUCCCUACUGGUGACAGCAGCAGCAUGGCAGCUACCUUCCAAGCAGAGGCACCACUCAUGGUGCCCCCUAUUCUUUCGGGACAGCUGGAGGUGCCCCAUAGUGGGGUCCCAAUCAACCCCCGCCCCCAGUGGAACAAUAUCUCCAUUAACCUGACUGACCCCACCCAGUUUGGCAACCUCAUUGGGUCAGAUAGGCACCUGAUCACCUCGCUCUCCACACCCCCCUCCACCUCGCACUCAGUGACCAUUCAGCCCUCAGCAGCCCUACCAGCGCUGCCCCAGACAAACUUUAGCAGCCUUCCCGCAGCAAUGGGCUCUUCAGCUGCCCCCUCCUCCUCUUCGCACGACCUCUUGACUUCCAAACCCCCUAAGCAGCAGCUUCCUCAGUUCAGCGCCGCCUUCGGCCACCAGCUGUCCUCACACAGCGGCAUCCCCAAGGACGUUCAGCCCAGCCACAGCUCCACAGCGCCCCCCACUGGCUUCACGGUUGCAGGUGCGACCGCCGCAAGUGCCAGCAAUGUGACGUCGCCUUUUACCACGCAAAAAUAAUAAUCUUAAGUAGACUACAAAUAUAGCUUGCUCCCACACAAGAAAAAUGCUUGGACAUCAUUAUUUGAAGCUCAGUUGGGUAGAAUACUGUUACCUUGGGGAUUCUGACCAGUGGUGUCCUCCUGUUCUGUUUUUUAUUUGUUUGUUUGUUUGAAAUCCAAUCCCCACCACUAGAACCCUGGUUCUAAUGAAGCAAAACUAAGGGGGUUGUCACAGCGCAAAACUGUGAAGCACAAAAGACUGGGAGUCACUGAUACACAUACGCUGAAGAAAAUGCUAGCUGUAUUUUUCAAGAAACAGUCCUCGCCCUAACAUUUAUUUAACUGUGAGCACCAUAAAACCAAAAGGCAAGUGGAGGAACUUAACAAAACCAUCAAGGACAUUUCAGUUUUUAACAUAUAGGUGUCUUAGAAAUGUUGGCUUGCUGUGCUCAUUGAUAGGAGUAUGAAGCUCUGAAAAAACUUCCUACAGUACUUUCUAAAUGAUGCUACUUUACCAAAGUGCAAGAUUAACUCGCCACAUAACCCACGAUAGAAACAUUAUUCCUUGAAACUGACAUAAUGUAUAAUAUAAAUAGAGUUUCAUAUUUUGGGGGCCCAUUUGAACCUGAAAGUCUCUCAUUUUUAAUGUUGAAUAGGAAACAUUUAAAACAUCAAAGUACAGUUUCAUUCUUGUUUUUUUAUUCUAAGAGUAAAUAGUUAAACCACUUUUAAUCUACAUGUGUUUUUCUAUUGUAAAUAUCAGACAUUUAAAAUAAAAUUGACAUGAAAAAGUGCAGUAACGCUAUGAGCAUUUUUUGAUACAAUGGGCCUAAUAGACUAGGUUAGACUAGGGUUAAUAUCUUUCAAUGCACUUAAUGGGACUAGUAAUCUGCAGUAUUUUAAGAAUCAUACAUGUUGGGAUUGCUUGCCUUUUGUAUUUAUGUUUGUGUAUACAUUGACAAAGUGCAGGGGGAAAUCAAAGUCAUUGUUUAAGAGCACUUCGACACCUGUAACUUAUUUUGUGUUUCAUGAAAAAUACAGAAAUGUGGAAAGGAAACAUUUUUGGCUGGAGUCUUGGAAUUUUAGAGAUUUUUAGAGGUAGUCUUUAUGGUAUGAAGUGGUGAAGUCAUUUUAUUAACACAGUGCCACCUCCUGAAAAGAUAAAACCAGUGCAGUUCUAAGGUGACAGGAAAGCCAGAAAUGUUUCUUUUGUCAAAGCGUCCUGGUAAAAACAGCCAAAUCUAGGGUUUAAAAAUGUGUACAAUCCUCUGAUGGUGCUUUUUUGGUUAUCUAUGGCCUUGAAGGGAACAUAAAGUGCAAGUGUGAAUUUGUCCCAUUUAAAUGAGAUUAAGUUAAUAUAUUACAAAGUUAAGGUUGCAUUUCAUGUGUCUUAUUGGGCUGGGCUGGGAUGGGGUGAAAGAUUUAAGUCAGUGCACCUGAUUGACUUUUAUGUGUGUACUGUGUAAUUAGGGCUGGGAGGGGGGGGGGGGGGACAUCUUAACAAAUAAACGUAUCUGUAGAAUUUGUCAAGUGGAUCGUAGCUAACAGCAUUGUUAUGCACUGUUAUAGUCUGUUUAUGUAAUCUACUAGAACAUAAUUCAUGGCGGUGUAGUGGGGUAGAUUCCCCCAAUGUUUGGUGGCCUGCAAAGUCCUAUUCUAAACCAGGACAGUCGUUUGCUUGCUUGCUUGCUGGAUACGAGAGGCUCUGUUAGUUUCACCCCUUAGUUAGCCAGAAUAAAUGUAGUCAUUGUAGUAGUAAUAGUAAUAUUAAUAGUUAUGAUGCCUUAUAUGAAGUGCCUCUCUUGUAAUGUUUUUUUCUGGCUGUAAUUCCAUUAGUCAUCCAACAGAGGGUGCUGAUGAGGAACAGCUUUAAACACUGCACAAUUUUUUUUUGACAUUUUUUUUAUUUGCAUUUAUUUUUUAUAAUGGCGCAGCCAUUGCAUGAUUUAAUGUAGUUCGAUUUAUUUAUUUUUUUUCUUCUAACUGCAGUGCAGAAAUGUAUUGAAAUGCCUAAAGCUGUACUGUUUUUCCAUAGACUAAACUAAAUAGCAAUAAGGCCUGCAAAAUUCUAGAAUAGCAGUGCCUCCAUUAUGUUGAAUAAAAUCAGUGCUGCUGCUCUUUGGCACAGUGCUUAUGGCAACUGUUAAUAAACCCUGUAUAUGUUUAGCAAAAUACAGAUAAACAUUUCAUUAAUUUAUGUAUUGGGACUGUAAUACAAGACGACUAACAUGGGCUAUAAAAUUUAGGUACUUUCAUAUAUAGGGCAGUGCUCAAGCCACUUAACAUGAUACCUGAAGUGUUGCAAAAGCCCCUCAAAUGUGGAAGAUAUUGGGCCCCACAGUACUUACGAGAUAUACAGUACUGUGCAAAAGUUUUAGGCAGGUGUGAAAAAAUGCUGUAAAGUAAGAAUGCUUUCAAAAAUAGACAUGUUAAUAGAUUAUAUUUAUCAAUUAACUAAAUGCAAAGUGAGUGAACAGAAGAAAAAUCUAAAUCAAAUCCAUAUUUGGUGUGACCACCCUUUGCCUUCAAAACAGCAUCAAUUCUUCUAGGUACACUUGCACAAAGUCAGGGAUUUUGUAGGCAUAUAGUCAGGUGUAUGAUUAAACAAUUAUACCAAACAGGUGCUAAUGAUCAUCAAUUCAAUAUGUAGGUUGAAACACAAUCAUUAACUGAAACAGAAACAGCUGUGAGGGAGGAAUAUAACUGGGUGAGGAACAGCCAAACUCAACUAACAAGGUGAGGUUGCUGAAGACAGUUUACUGUCAAAAGUCAUACACCAUGGCAAGACUGAGCACAGCAACAAGACACACAGUAUUUAUACUGCAUCAGCAAGGUCUCUCCCAGGCAGAAAUUUCAAGGCAGACAGGGGUUUCCAGAUGUGCUGUCCAAGCUCUUUUGAAGAAGCACAAAGAAACGGGCAACGUUGAGGACCGUAGACGCAGUGGUCGGCCAAGGAAAUUUACUGCAGCAGAUGAAAGACACAUCAUGCUUACUUCCCUUCGCAAUCGGAAGAUGUCCAGCAGUGCCAUCAGCUCAGAAUUGGCAGAAAACAGUGGGACCCUGGUACACCCAUCUACUGUCCGGAGAAGUCUGGUCAGAAGUGGCCUUCAUGGAAGACUUGCGGCCAAAAAGCCAUACCUCCGACGUGGAAACAAGGCCAAGUGACUCAACUAUGCACGAAAACACAGGAACUGGGGUGCAGAAAAAUGGCAGCAAGUGCUCUGGACUGAUGAGUCAAAAUUUGAAAUAUUUGGCUGUAGCAGAAGGCAGUUUGUUCGCCGAAGGGCUGGAGAGCGGUACACGAAUGAGUGUCUGCAGGCAACAGUGAAGCAUAGUGGAGGUUCCUUGCAAGUUUGGGGCUGCAUUUCUGCAAAUGGAGUUGGGGAUUUGGUCAUAAUUAAUGGUCUCCUCAAUGCUGAGAAGUACAGGCAGAUACUUAUCCAUCAUGCAGUACCAUCAGGGAGGCAUCUGAUUGGCCCCAAGUUUAUUCUGCAGCAUGACAACGACCCCAAACAUACAGCGAAAGUCAUUAAGAACUAUCUUCAGCAUAAAGAAGAACAAAGAGUCCUGGAAGUGAUGGUAUGGCCCCCACAGAGCCCUGAUCUCAACAUCAUCGAGUCUGUCUGGGAUUACAUGAAGAGAGAGAAGCAACUGAGGCUGCCUAAAUCCACAGAAGAACUGUGGUUAGUUCUCCGAGAUGUUGGGGCCAACCUACCUGCCGAGUUCCUUCAAAAACUGUGUGCAAGUGUACCUAGAAGAAUUGAUGCUGUUUUGAAGGCCAAGGGUGGUCACACUAAAUAUUGAUUUGAUGUAGAUUUUUCUUCUGUUCACUCACUUUGCAUUUUGUUAAUUGAUAAAUAUAAACUAUUAACAUGUCUAUUUUUGAAAGCAUUCUUACUUUACAGCAUUUUUUCACACCUGCCUAAAACUUUUGCACAGUACUGUGUAUAUACAUAUAUGUUGGCUUAAACUUUAUGUUCCCUGUCGAGGCCAGAGCUCAACACAGUUCUGUCAGGUAGGUAUUUUUCUACUAUUCCAUUUCUCUUUGGGUAAAUUUUCGUAACUAUUAUAGCAGUACAAAUAUUGUUUUUUUUUGGUAGGAUUUUUUAGAAACUGAAAGAUUAUCAAUUCUAUAGUUCUGAGUAUUUAAUAUAUUUAUAGAGUAGCAGUCUCUAAAUAUUGGGUUUUAGUGGUGAAUUGAAAUGAGUGGUAAUGGUUUUAAAAAAAAAAAAUGUUAAAAAAAAUUCAGCCCUGUU